AUGCAUGUACAAGGCCUUGGAAAGGGGUCCGUUGUACCCUGGCUGUGCACAACUUUUUGUGUUCUGGCGGCGUUUCUGUUGCUAGGCGAUGUCGUAUUAGGAACCAGAGUAAACCAGAAGAUGCUGGUCCAGACAAGAGGCAAACGACAGGCCGGCAGUCGUCAGGAGCACAACACCAGCGUGGACCCCAGCUUGCUGAUGUUCACACCAGCAACACCAAGUCCUGAACAAGUCAACUGUUACGUGGAGAUACCAGUGACGAGACGUGUGGGUGGCCGGUGUGUUCUCCUGGGUAGCAGCACUUGGGGAUGUCAAGCAGGACUCUUCCUGGCCAUCAAUUCCCAGUGUCAGCAUGAGGUCAGAAGUCCGGCGGGUGAUCAGCCCCAAGCGGGAAGUUCUAAUUCGACUCGCGGUGGAACCCGCCCUCGCAACCCAUUCAGGCGGCCCCGCAGACCUAACUAG